CCUAAUUAAAAGGAACUCCGACUCGUCGCCACCGAGAUCUCUCUCUUCGUCGCCUGACGAGUUUUCGAAGAAUCUCCGUCUAUGUUUUGAUAAGAUAAAGAAAGAGAUAUGCCACACAGAACAAGGCCUUUGACGGGACUCUUGCUUUUCACUGGAAUCAACGCUGUUUUGGUGCAGACCAUCACUCCUGUCUAUGACUUCGUCUGCUUCUUGCCCUACUGGGAGAGAAGGAGAGAGAGAAUCCGGAAGGAGCGUGAAGCGGUGGCUGCAUCAUUAAACAGCACAACCUCAGCACAGGAUGCUACUCGAGCGUCUGUUGGUUGAUUGAACUCGAUGUUUCCUCUUGUGUAAGAAACUGUUAAAGCAUUGAAUAAUUGAGAGCCGGCAGCUACCAGCCCCGUUUUCGUAA